UGGCAGCAACAGCAUACAGAAUCAGCAAGGAUGCAGAGAGGAGAGCGCCUCUCCAGGCCGGCGCCCACCUGCUUUGCACACCUUGCUGAGCAGGUGUAAGCAGCAAUGACCCAGAUCCAGAACUUACUGUAUGAUUCACUGAUAGGGACUCAGCAUGUGGACUGUGCAGCACUUAUCAAGAUAAAAGAAGGAAUUGCACUAACGUCACCCCCGAGGUUUCAUCUGCAGCCUCAGCAAAUCCAAGCGAUUCUUGGUGCUUUCAGUAACCUGUCAGCUUUAAGACGAGAAGGGCUUCAUUUCCUUGACAAGAACUACAAAUGCAUCCGCGCGGAUAAAGGCUCUGUCUAUGCUAAAUGUGAUAACGAGGGAAUCGUAAUGGUAAAAGCAAAGUCCAACAUUCUGCUGGCUACAUACCGGGAAGGCAUGCGCCCCAGUGUGUGUGUAGAGGCUACUGAGACGCUAGGCCGUUAUCUCCGGGAGGAGUAAUUGUGAUCUAGAGACAUGUUCCCAUGGACAGAGAGAGAUAUGGGAGAGAACGGCAUUGAGAUAAUAUGAGGAAUCGCUGCACGCCAGUACAUUGUAAUAAAUAUACAUCAUACUGUACAUGAGACGUAUGUAUGGCGUGAGCUCCCGUCUGACAUAUACUGUCUCAUGUAAUACUUGCAAAUAAAGAUUUUAUGCACAUGCAA